UAGUUCUUACAUAAGAAGUUUGGAGGUAGGUGGUUGACUUUUGAUCAUCUGAGAUUGGGGAUAUAAGGGCCACUGUCUGUUACUCUCUUGACUGUCCACUCAUGGUUGCUAUAGCACUAGCCAUUAUUACAUCUGCAUUCAAGGCAAGAAGAAGGUGAAGGGCAGGGACAAGGCCAGUAAUUAUAUCAGGAAAGCAAAAGUUUUCCAGUGAACCCCUAAGCAGAUUCCUACUGUUGUGUGACUACUCCAUGCUUCAAAGAAGGUGACCUGUUGAGAAAAGUGACAGAAAUACUGGAAAAGUAUCUGCUUUUCUGUGCCAAAGUGGGGCACAAUGUCACAAGUUAAAGCCUCUUAUUCCUAUGAUGCUCCCACGGACUUCAUCAACUUUACAUCUUUGGACGAUGAGGAAGACACCCAGAACAUAGAUUCCUGGUUUGAGGAGAAAGCCAAUCUGGAGAAUAAGUUUCCUGGGAAGAAUGGCACAGGAGGACUCUUUCAGGGCAAAACUCCUUUGAGAAAAGCUAACUUUCAGCAAGCUAUUGUCACACCUUUGAAACCAGUUGACAACACUUGUUACAAAGAAGCAGAAAAAGAAAAUCUGGUGGGACAGUCUGUUCCAUCAAAUACUUGUUCUUCCCUAGAAGUCAAGGGAACUACUACAAGAAAUACUUCAGCCCAAGCUCAGAGAAGAUCUGUCAGACUCUCUGCUAAGAAGGAUUUGGAAGGCGAAGAAAAACACCAUGUAAAAAUGAAUGCCAAGAGAUGUGCUACUCCUGUAAUCAUUAAUGAAAUUCCACCCUCCAAAAAAAUGAAAGUUUCUAACAAUAAAAAGAAGCCAGAGGGAGAAGGCCAUACUCAUCAAGGUACUUCUGAAAAGAAUGAGUCCUCCCCAGAGAAAACCAAAGGUAGACACACUGUGACGUGUGUACCACCCAUAAGGCAGAAGAUUCUAAAAAGUACUGAGGAGCAAGAGUUAGAAAAGAGAAUGAAAAUGCAGCAGGAGGUGGUGGAGAUGCGGAAAAAGAAUGAAGAAUUCAAAAAAUUUGCUCUUGCAGGAGCAGGGCAAUCCAUGAAGAAACCAGUGACCCAGGUAACCAAAUCAGUUGAUUUCCACUUCCGCACAGAUGAGCGAAUCAAACAACAUCCUAAGAACCAGGAGGAGUAUAAGGAAGUAAACUUUACAUCUGAACUGCGAAAGCACCCGCCAUCUCCUGCCCAAGUAACUAGAGGAUGCACCAUUAUUAAGCCUUUCAACCUGUCCCAAGGAAAGAAAAGAACAUUUGAUGAAACAACUUCUAGCUAUGUGCCCCUUGCACAGCAGGUUGAAGCCUUUCACAAACGAACCCCUAACAGAUACCACUUGAGGAGCAAGAAGGAUGAUGUUGUCCUGUUACCUUCCAAAUCCACUGUGGCCAAGAUCUCCAGAGACCCAAAGACUCCCAUACUGCAAACCAAACAUCGUGCAAGGCCUGUGACCUGUAAAAGUGCAGCAGAUCAGGAGGCUGAAGAGCUGGAAAAACAGCAACAAUACAAAUUCAAAGCACGGGAACUUGAUCCCAGAAUUCUUGAAAGUGGGCCCAUCUUGCCUAAAAAGCCACCUGUGAAACCACCCACUCAGCCUAUUGGUUUUGAUUUGGAAAUUGAGAAAAGAAUCCAAGAGCGAGAGUCAAAGAAGAAAUCAGAGGAGGAACACUUUGAAUUUCAUUCCAGACCUUGCCCUACUAAAAUCUUAGAAGAUGUUGUGGGUGUUCCUGAAAAGAAAGUACUUCCAAUCACUGUCCCCAAGUCACCGGCCUUUGUGUUGAAGAAUAGAAUCCGAAUGUCCACCAAAGAAGAUGAGGAAGAGGAGGAUCCAGUAAUAAUAAAAGCUCAACCUGUGCCACAUUAUGGAGUGCCUUUUAAGCCCCAAAUCCCAGAGACAAAAACUGUGGAAGUAUGCCCCUUCUCUUUUGAUUCUCGAGACAAAGAACGUCAGUUACAGAAGGAGAAGAAAAUGAAAGAAUUGCAGAAAGGGGAGGAGAUACCCAAGUUCAAGGCACUUCCUGUGCCUCAUUUUGACACCAUUAAUCUGCCAGAGAAGAAGGUGAAGAAUGCAACUCAGAUAGAGCCUUUCUGCUUGGAGACUGACAAAAGAGGUGCUAUGAAGGCACAGACUUGGAAGCACCAGCUGGAAGAAGAACUGAAACAGCAGAAAGAAGCAACUUGCUUCAAGGCUCGUCCAAACAACGUCACCUCCCAGGAGCCUUUUGUUCCCAAGAAAGAGAGAAAACCCAUUGCUGAGGGCCUUUCUGGUUCUCUAGUUCAGGAACCUUUUCAGCUGGCCACUGAGAGGAGAGCCAAAGAGUGGCAGGAGCUGGAGAAGAAAAUGGCUGAGGUGGAAGCCAAGAAAGCCCAGCAGAUGGAGGAGGCCAGGCAGCAGGAGGAAGAACAGCAGAAGGAAGAACUGGCCAGGCUACGGAAAGAACUGGUGCACAAGGCACAGCCAAUACGCAAAUACCAGAGUGUAGAAUUAAAGUCAAGUGACCAGCCCCUGACUGUGCCUGUGUCUCCCAAGUUCUCUACUCGAUUCCACUGUUAAAGUCGCUGUGAGCUGUGACCACCCUGGGAACAGGAGCUGCUCUUCCUGUCACACCGGGCGCCUUCUUUCUUUGUCACCAAGGCAUGGAGAGAACCCAUUCCUCUAGACUUUGACCAACGAGUCUAACAGAGAAUACCUGACAACUGGGGACUCCAUUUUUGUUGAAAAUUGUUUUCCCAUAUUAUUGAGGGUAACAAUGAGACUCAAUUCAUGUAUGCCUUGAUCAGACUCCAGGUAGUUGGUUAUUUGUUACAGGUCAGUUAAUCUAUAAUAUGGAUUUUUACUCUGACUAGAAUUUAAAGUUUAUCAGCACUGUGUAAUUUCUAUUGCCCUUUACCUCUCUCCUCUUUUUUUUUAUUUUAAUCAAAAAAUAAAGAAUUAAUGCUGAGAUAGGAUUUAAGUCAUGGCUUAAAUGAGGACCAACCAGUCUAUCAGAAUCUUUCCUCUUAUCUCCACACAAAGUAAAUUUAGAGUUAAGGAGCCCUUCACUAUGCAGGCAGAAAGCCUCAUUACCUGCACCAGUGAAGAAAACUGCAUAGGCUAAUGGCAACUGCACAGCAGCCAUUGGCAAGCUUUGUGUAGAGCUGCUGUUAGGCAGCUCCCUUGUGGGUGCUGAUAAUAAAUAAAUGGGGAAUGAUGCAGCAUGCGUUUUAAGUCCUCCAGUGACUUGGAAUGGAGUAACUAUGUUGUGUUCCCCUCCCUGAUUUUGUCAUUAGAUAUAUAUGUGUGUGUGUGUGUGUGUGUGUGUGCAUAUGUAUAUAUGUAUUUUUUUUUUUCGUAGAAAAACAGGUGUAAACCCAGAGCUUCCGGCAGGGUGGGAGGGGUGGUAAGAGGAUUCACCAAUGACAGUGGGGAGCAGAACAGGCAGACUGACUGAAAUACACUACUGAGGGGAGCAGUGGGCGAGACAGGAAAGAUCUGCUGAGCCAUGUGGGUUAGCCCCCUGGCUGGGGAUCAAACUCAGCCUGUAGAGUUGGAUGAGAGAUGGUUGCUGGAACUUUCAGAAGCACAGGCUCUAUCCUUAAAAGUGCUUUAUAACUUUUUUCUGCCUUAUGUCAGAAUAUGCUCCCAUAUUUUGUUAAUUCCCUCCCAGGAACCACCCUGGAAGGCGAUCAUGUAUAUUAUGCCUUUGCAUAGACUCUGCCUUUUUGCCUAAAUGUGCUUUUUCUCGUCUGGUAAGCUCUUCAUGUACAAGGCUCAGUUGGAGUCACUUUUUUUUAAUCCUUCCUUUACCACCUGAAAAUGAUAAGAGUGUAAGAAUGAUUACUUACUCCUUUGUGCCUCCAAAAUGUUUCUUGUAUAUCUCUGGCAGAACAAUUACACCAUACUCAGGUUAUCGAUACUUGUACUUAUUCACAAACUAGUGGAGACUCAAAUAUAAGUUCUUUGAGGGUAAAUAUUAUCUUACUCAUCCCUGAAUUUCUUGUAGGUGGCACAACAUUCAUUAAGUCCAUGUUAAAGUUGUAUAUUUUUCUUUUAGACGAUAUUGUUUAUAAAUACCUAUACAAGUUGAUACAAAGCAUCCAUGCUCUGCCCAGGCCAGUCCUAGGCACCACAUAUAACAUUUAAUUGAUUUUACAUUCCCUUAUUCAGUGAGCAUUAUGUACAAGCUAUUAUGGAUUCAUUGAUGGAUAGGUGACAAAGGAAGAUAUGACUUAUAGUUCCUAGGCCUCCUGAGGACCCACAAACAGAUGCAAAUACAAUUGCUUUUUUAUUUCCAAGAGUUAUAAUGAUAUAUUGUUCAUAACUACUUACGUGGUUCAUUUAACAAAUAUUUAUUUGGUGCUAGUUAUAUAUCUGUAUCCCCUCCCUCCCUCCAUCACCUUGGUACUGUUGUAGUCUCUGGGAAUAUAGCAAUGAACAAAAAUAGAGGACCUUGUCUUCAAGGAGCUUACCACUUAGCGCGGGGCCAGACAUAAGCAAGUGACUGUCUCUUCUGUUAGGUGAUGUUUCUCUGUUGGGUGGAGAAUAGACUGGCAUGGAGACAAUUGGGGCAUGUGAGAUUGGAAACAGGAAGGUGAGGAGGUUCUUGCUGUGGUACAGGUAAGAGCUGAUAUUGGCUGGGGCUAGGGUGGUAGCAGUGGAGGUGGUGAGAAAAGAUUGGAUUCUGAAUGUAUUUUGAAGUUGUAACUGAUGAGAUGUGCUAACAGAUCAAAUGUGCAGAGUGAAAGAAAGAAGUUAAAGAGGUUCCCCAUGUAUCAGCCCCAAACAGAAACAGAGUUCUCCACCUGUCAUACUACUCCAGUUCAACCCCUUUCUUCACAUCUCUUCUGUAUUCUUGGGGGACUUUCUUUUUUGGGGCGUCACCUCUGACUUUGGUUUUCUAGUUUUUUUCCUUUCUUGAGUUCCCUUCUGUGUCUGUCCUAUGUGACUUUUCUCUAACAGUUCACUGUCCUUAAUAUACUUCCAAGUGGUUUCAUUUUUUCCCAUACAUUUUGCCCAUUUCUUGGUGGUUUUGUGCAGGAGAAUAAAUCUAGCUUUCAAGUUGAAGCCUUUUGAAAGUGUUAUUGAGAAUUAAGAACCUUUGAAUCCUCCCUUGUUUGCUCCAUUCUGGAUUACCCCCUCCAGAUAUACCCACAUCAAGUGUGACAAGCUUUUAGAUGCAAUCAAGAGAGAGUUUAUCACUUUCAGAACUUAAAAUUUAGGAGACAUCAUUUUUUGCUUCUGAAUUUCUCAAUUUUCCUUUGGCUUUCUUUCAGACCACCUCACAUGACCUUUUAAGUUGAAUUAAUAAUUUUUUUUAAUUGCGGUAACAUUGGUGUACAACACUGUAUAUGACUUAGGGGAAUAGGUUUAGUUACAGAUGACACCACCCCCACCACCAAAACACUUUACUUCUCUAGCACAGCCUCCCAUUUCCUUCAAAACUCAAACACUUCGGCUUUUUUUUUUUUUUUUUUUUUUGCAUAAAAGAUCAAGGGUGUAGGUUAGAAGUGUUGAGGGUUGAGAGGAUUCACUAGAGACAGAGUGCGGAGCAGAACAGGUUUAUCUACUGAAAUAUACUGCUAAGGAGAGGUCUGCUGCGCCCAAUGUGGGUUAGCUCCCUGGGCAGGGAUCGAACUCAGGCCACAGGCUGUAGAGGUGAUAAUGCUGAGACUUAACCCCUAGGCCAUCAGGGAGGCCCUUCGUUUUAUUUAUUUAAAAGAUUUAUUAAUUUAUGCAUACUAGAACUGGGGUGUAGGCCAGAGGUGCAAGGGGUGAGAAGAUUUACCAGAGACAGAGUAGGGAGCAGAACAGGCAGAUCUACUGAAGUACACUGCUGAGGGGAGCUGCAGGUGAGACAGGAGAGGUCUGCACCAUGUGAGUUAGCUCCCUGGCAAGGGAUGGAACUCAUGCCACAGUGGUUGGCUAUAGCUUGAUAGCGCUCAGACUUUAACCCCUGCACCACCCGGGAGGCCCGCUGAUCAUUUUGUUCUUGAGUAAUUAUAUUGUUACCACCUCUACUGCUGUUUUAUUUCUUACUACUUCUUUUCCAUAGAGUUCUGUCCCUGGAAAGUGGAGCAGAGUGGUAGACAGCUGCAGUUGCGGUUGCUCUAGUGUUCAACAGAGGCACAUUGUAACACAAGCUAGGUUGUGAUUGAGACAGACGCAAAAAGUGCUGAGAGUGCAUAGGGAGUCCUGUUGCAAGUGAGAUUGCAGUUAUUAAAAAUGUUUCUUCUUUUAAAAUUAGAAGUAAAGUAGUACUGCCUUUCCAGAACAAAACAAUGUAGACUAUAUAAAAUAAAACAUGAAAGUCUCCUUGCUUCCCCCACUCCCUUUCCUCACGAAUGGCCCAUUGUUGACGAUUGUGUGUUCUUUAUGUACACACAAAUUUAUAGAGCAUUCUAAUUUCUGUAACAAGAUGAUAGCAUUCUGCAUUUGUUUUAAAUUUCAGUUCUUUGAAAGGUUAUACGUUCACAUGGUUCAAAAUUGAAAAGCUACAAAGAUAAAGUUUCCCCCAAUUGCUUGGUUCCCCUCCCCAGAGAUAGUCCUUGCAGAGAUGGUUUCUAUAUGUACUGAUUCCUCCUGUACCUUGCUCUUUUAUGUGUGUCUGCAUUGAAUGUGUAGCUCAGGUGCUGCCUUGGGAAUGUCCUUUCUUCCUCCCUGAUGGAAGCUUAAAGCCUCUGAUUGAAAAGCUAGGGACGUGGGGCAGUCCUGUAGGGGCCUCGGUCCUCUACAUGAUGUCCUGGGCUCGUGACCUGAGGUCCAAGGACUCCAGGGGUCAGCAGCACCUAGUCUUCUCACAACCCGCCUUAGCUGAACAUUAGGAGCUUAUUGGUUUGAGUGUCUAGUUAGACCUGUGUAUUAUCCCCUUAGAUAAAUCUUGACAUUGCUUCCUCUUCAGUUUUCUUGAAGAAGGUUAUCACACUGAAUCUUGUCUGCUGGGGAAGUUCCUCAUUGCUGAGAGGAGCAGUUAAAAAAGCUGUUAACCACGUGGCUGGGCUCCUAUUUCUGCAUAGGUGGGUGAGUUACAGCUUGGUGGUGUGGAUCCAGGUAGGAAUUGGUCAACAUUCUGAAUCCUGAGCUGCCAUCUGCCUUGCAGCCUGCCGGGAUGGUCAGUUUAGACAACAUAUAAAGUUUCCUGGAUACCAGACAAGCCCAGGCCUAUGGAAAGAGCAGGAAGGUUAAAGUGUGUGAGAGCAGUGACGAAGGCGUAACCAGGGAGCUAACAUGUUUGCUCCAGUGCCAGGAAUUCCAGGACAAUUUGUUAUCCAGUUGAAGCCAGUGUAGUUGCUACAAAAAAGCAGCCUGGGGACAAAAACCUCUUUCUCCCUCAUUUCCUUGUGUUCUUGCAUACCCACUCUGUUUUCUAGCUGUGGUGAAGGUUACUGACGUUUGGAAUGUCUGAUGGUAUUUGCUACUCUCUGUCUUGCAAGAGAGUAAGUGACUGGGCGCAGGCCAAAGUGGGGCUCUUCUGUGCUGAAGGUGUCAGCUUCCUGUAGGGCUUGACAAGUGCUGACAUUUCACUUGGAGACCGAAGCUGGAGGGGCAGGGAAAUGCUAGGUUUUGUCAGGAGAUGUCUCAGCAGACAAAACCUGACCCCAAGGCAUUUGUUGCAUUCUCCCUUUUUCUUACAAUUUUACUAAACAGGAAAGAAAUAAAAACCUGGUCUGUCUGAUCUGCAGAAACCAUGUAGCGAUAGAACUGGUGUUCCAGAACAUCAUAGGUGGGUGUGCGAAUGUGCUAAAAAUUGUGGCCAGGCGCCUCUGCCCAGCUUGUUUUGGAAUUUGCUCUGUGAAUAUCUCAACUGGACUUGACAGCAUUUUUGUUUCUGUUUUUAAAUUGGGAUUUAUUGAUUAUAUACACUUUGGAAAAUACCUGGUCAUGGGAGGAAAGAAAGAAAUGCAUUGUUCCUUUACCCACCUUGAAACUAGUGCUUGGUAUAGUCUAUUUUUUUCUUGUAUGAAACUUUUGUGUAUUUUUCUACAUUGUAGGGUUUCUUUUCCUAUAUGUACAUAUAUAAUAUUCUGGUUUUUUACCUCAAAUAUUUUUUCUAUAGCAUGUAUACUUUAUAAAUACUGAUUUUAACAGCAGCUCCCUUUGCUUUGAGUUUGUAUCUCCCCAUUGAAAAUAAGUACUUAGCAAAAGAUUUUUCUGGAGUCUCUUUAAGGGAUAGAUUUGUUCACCCCCGCAACCCCAAGGUAUCAUGUCUAUUUCUAAA